GCGCACACGUCACAAUCAUGAUUAGAAUUGAUGAUCGGGACAUUCUGAUUUCAUUGUCUAGCAAAAAGGGGGACCGGGGAAGAAAUCUGCUGAUUUGGAGCGUCCGUCUGAUUUUGACAUCAAAAAUGCCAUUUUCCACAGAGGUGUGGGAGGCACAGUUCGGCAUGAUGACUUCAGAGUCGACAGCGGAGAUCUAGAAAAAUGGAGGUGGUGCUGUGAUCUGCAUGGCUGCCUCGUUCCCCUGUAGUAGUGAUAUGGAUGCGUGGCCACAGAGGCGUGGCCUGCAGACUAUGAACCUUCGGUCUGUAUUCACGGCUGAGCAGCAGAGGAUCCUGGAACGCUACUAUGAGAACGGGAUGACCAACCAGAGCAAGGCCUGCUUCCAGUUGAUUCUGCAGUGUGCUCAAGAGGCCAAGUUGGACUUCAGCGUUGUCCGGACAUGGGUUGGCAACAAACGACGAAAACUGGCCUCCAAGGUCGAGCAGAACGGAAGCGCGUCUCAUCCCUUGUCGAGUCACGGAAUAGCUGGAGGGUUGCUCUCCGGUCCCGCCCUGGCUGGAAGCGUGCUGUCCAAUCACAGCCUAGCGACGGGGGCGCUGCUUCCUGCUGACAUAGCCGCUGCCCGAAACAUCCAGAACCGCAUACACCUCCUCCCUCCAUCCUCGUCUUUCCCCGCUCUCUCUUCGGCGUCUUCCUCUCCGUCGUCAUCCUCACCCCUCAGCAGCGGAAGCAACAACAACAACAACGACGUAAUACUGACUGGGAUUUACUCUCUGAACCCCGUACCCCGCUCUCGACCGAGACCUCAAGCCCCCCAGUCUCAGUCGGACUCCGAGAUCUCCAUCCGCACGUCUUCGUCUCUGAUCAACCAAGCUCUGCAGAGCAGGAGCACUUCCACGUCCUCACCCAUCCACUCCAAGUUACUGACCCCCUCUCCCACGCUCCCACCCCUGACGUCUGCCUCAGGUUCUUUAGUCUACACUGCAAUCAGGAAGGGCACUUUAUCCGUUGGGGAUGGGGGGAUAAGUGCCGGCGCAGGGCUGGUACCCCACAGCUGGACUAGACAAUACGGUACCGUGCAAACUCGCCCUUGGUCGUCGUCUUCACAAUCCCAAUCUCAGCUUCAGCCCAGACCUCACUCCAACCCCCAACCUCAACCGCCUGCGCCGCAAAAGCCUCGAGCCUCCCUCCCGGCCCAGAACGCGGGGCCCUCUUCCGAACAAACGCCUCGCAUUCAGCAAGUCUUCACCCUGUCAGAGAAGGGCGACAGAGAGCGCCCGAGGCCCGGCCAAGCGUCCGCUCCAAGAAGCCAGGAGACCUACAGGCCAACGCCUCACCCUCUGGACGCCGGUCACAACUUCUCCAUUGCCAUGGAAACGGGAAACGAAGAGGACGAGUGGCUGAGGGAGGAGGAGUUGGCCAACAUGGCCGCCCAGACGCACAUCCACAGGGAGCAGCCGACGGGAGGCGAAGCGUCCGUCGCCAAGGGGAACCGCACUCCUCCCACCACGGGCUCCAGACCAGCGGCGCAUCCCGGCAACGCGGCACUUCAGGGCAGCUACUCCCUCACAGUACAGACCUCACUUCCAGGCGAACCCAGCUCACAGCCCUCACUCGGUGUGUCUGCUGCCCCCUGGGUAAUCAACAGCUCCAGAAAGAGAACACUGCAGGAUCGGACCCAGUUCAGCGACGGCGACCUCGUCCAGCUGAAGCGCUACUGGGACCGAGGCAUGACCAGUCUGGGCUCGGUGUGCAGAGAGAAGAUCGCCGCCGCAGCCAACCAGCUCAACGUAGACACUGAAAUCGUCAAGACGUGGAUCAGCAACAGACGGAGGAAGUACCGCCUGAUGGGGAUCGAAAUCCCGCCCCCUAAAGGCGGGCCCGCCGUGUUCACCAACCCGUCUCCAGGAAGCCAGUCCCCGGCGGCCGCCAGCCCCGACGAGGAUCACCUCAGAACACCCGAACUCCCGGAUGACCUGACCGACGGCGGCUCGGUCUGCAUGUCUGAAGACGGGACUGUCGAUUCACACAACAGAGACGGAGACGAUGAAAGUUACACAUCCACUGCUGCUCCGCUGGCCAAUAAUGUGAAGAUCGAAGUAAUCGAUGAGGAUGAAGAAGCUGAUGAAGAUGGCGACUUGAUGGUGUCAGACCUCGAGCAAAUGCAGAACCUGCUGGAAUUUAAGCACGAGGAAGUGCAGUUCCUAGAGAACGAGCUAGAGAACCAAAAACAGAAAUAUCAGGAGCUCGCUAACUUCACAGAGAGCCUGCUCAGCGCUGUGAGGGACAACGACCUGGAGAGACAGAAGGAACUUUUGGCCAGUCUACCUCAGACUUCAGACCAGGACUGGGACGCGACGGCGGAGAGAAACGCCCAGACGGAUCCGACGCCCGACCACAGAACCCGGGCGGAUGGCUCGGCUCAGGCUGGUGAAAAACUCCCGCCGGUCGACGCAAACCAAGACCGCUCGGCCACCGAAGUCACCGAGCCCUCUGCAUCAGAGGAGCCGCCGCACGAAGAAGGGACAGAACUGAAGUGACUCUCUGCACUCGUACUAACGGUUAGCACUCCACUCAGAGACAGGUUGUACCCCAGAGACAGAGAGAGAGGCGGGCGUAGUCUGACGGCUAGUGGUAAACUCCAUGCACAGUGCCUGUGGGCUGAUGCUUCACUAUGACUGUUGGGCUGAAAGAUGCCUUUUUUAUUUGUAUUUUAUUUUAUUUUUUUAACUGCAUAUCAUUCGCCUUGCUCUGGCCCAGUCUGGAGAGAACAAUAAAUGACCUCUAACCUAAA